CAGCCGGGCGCCCCCCGGCCCACCCGCCCGCGAUGUGGGGCCGUCUCCUGGCCCCGGAGGCCAGCGGCCGGGACAGCCCCGGCGGAGCGCGCAGCUUCCCGGCGGGCCCAGAUUAUUUAUCAGCAUGGCUACCUGGUAAUGAAUCAUUGUGGCAGACCACACCUGUUCCACCUAAUCAUCGAAAUAACCGUGUCAGGAGACACAGUAUAGCUUCUGACAGUGGAGACACGGGCAUUGGCACUUCCUGUUCUGACAGUGUGGAAGAUCAUUCAACUUCAAGUGGCACACUAUCUUUUAAGCCUAGUCGAUCAUUGGUUACUCUUCCCACUGCCCAUGUGAUGCCGUCUAACUCCAAACGCAGGGAAUCAUUAACACCAGAUGGCUCAAAAUGGAGUACAAGCCUCAUGCAAACCUUGGGAGACCACAGUAGAGGGGAUCAGGACUCUUCUCUAGAUAUGAAGGACUUCCGGCCCCUUCGGAAAUGGUCAUCUUUAUCCAGACUCACUACCCCAGACAACUACAGCAAGGCCACCACUGCACACACAGAAGAGCUAAAGAAUGGUUUGGAAAAGACAGGGAGGGGCAAGGCUCUCACAUCACAAUUGAGGACUAUUGGGCCUAGCUGCUUACAUGAUAGCAUGGAGACGCUGAAGUUAGAGGACAAGGAAAUAAAUAAAAAACGGUCAUCAACUCUGGAUUGCAAGUAUAAAUUUGAGAGCUGUAACAAAGACGACUUUAGAUCUUCUUCCUCUGCUCUUAGAAGACAGACCUCAGACAUGACAUACAGUGCCUUACCUGAGAGCAAGCCCAUUAUGACAGGCUCAGAUGCUUUUGAAUCUCCAAAAUACUUAAUGCUUGGGCAGCAGGCAGUAGGUGGAGUUCCCAUUCAGCCUUCUGUGAGGACUCAGAUGUGGCUUACAGAGCAGUUACGGACAAACCCUUUGGAAGGUAGAACUACAGAGGAUUCUUACAGUUUAGCUCCUUGGCAACAACAGCAAAUGGAGGAGUUUCGACCAGGAAGUGAAACCCCAAUACAGGUUUUAUCUGGAUCAUCUCAUCGGAGUUACUCACCUGGCUUUCAGGAUUUCAGUAAGUGGGAAUCUGUGCUGAAAAUAAAAGAGGGACUUCUAAGGCAGAAAGAAAUUGUCAUUGAUCGGCAGAAGCAACAAAUUACUCACUUGCAUGAGAGGAUAAGGGAUAAUGAACUGCGGGCACAACAUGCCAUGUUAGGACAUUAUGUGAAUUGUGAAGAUUCUUACGUGACUGGUCUACAGCCACAAUAUGAGAACACUUCACUCCAAACUACAUUUUUAGAACAGUCAGUGUCCCAGCCCCAGCAAGUGGAACUUGAGCAAAAGCUUGCAUCCAGUGAGAAAGAGGUUUUACAACUCAAUGAGUUCCUGAAACAAAGGAUAAACCAGUUUAGUGAAGAGAAGAAAAAACUGGAAGAAAAGCUUAAAACAAGAGACAGAUACAUCAAUAGCCUGAAAAAGAAGUGCCAGAAGGAAGCUGAACAAAACAAAGAAAAGCAGAGAAGAAUUGAGACCUUGGAAAAGUACCUAGCUGAUCUUCCAACUCUAGAUGAUGUGCAGCGUCAGAGCCUACAGCUACAGGUUCUAGAAGAAAAAAAUAAGAAUUUACAAGAGACUUUGUCAGAUACAGAAAAGAAACUUGAAGAGCUCAAAAAACAGUGUCAGGACAAAGAAGCACAGCUAAUAUGCCAGAAAAAGAAAGAAAAGGAGCUGGUAACCUCUGUUCAAAGUUUACAACAAAAAGUAGAAAAAUGCCUAGAAGAUGGAAUUCGUCUUCCCAUGUUAGAUGCAAAGCAGCUUCAGAAUGAAAAUGAUAAUCUCAGAGAACAAAAUGAAACUGCAAGUAAGAUAAUAGAUAACCAACAAGAUGAAAUGAACAGAAUGACUUUAGAAAUUCAGUCUAUGCAAGAGAAACUUUCUAAAGAGAAAUUUACCACACAAAAGAUGGUGGAAGAACUAGAAAGAAAAGAAAGAAAUCUACAGAGAUUAACAAAAGCAGUACUUGAAAACCAAAGACAAACAGAAGAAACUAGCUCUUUAUUAGAUCAGAGCCAGGAAUUGGACCUGUCUAGGCAGCAGACCAUUCAUUCUAAACGGCCAUUAUUUGAUUUGACUGUGAUUGAUCAGCUGUUUAAAGAAAUGUCCUAUUGUUUGUUUGACUUAAAAGCACUGUGCAGUAUUCUUAAUCAGCGAGCUCAGGGCAAGGAGCCUAAUCUUUCAUUAUUACUGGGAAUCAGAUCAAUGAACUGUUCAGCUGAAGAGACUGGAAAUGACCACAGUCCAGAAACACUCAGUAAAAAACUGUCAGAUGUGUGCCAGUUACGGAGGGACAUUGAUGAAUUACGGACUACAAUAUCAGACCGCUAUGCUCAGGACAUGGGAGACAACUGCAUAACCCAGUGAUCAAGUGUUGGUCCUACAGCAAUAAUGACCCAUUGUUAAAUGCUGCUGUGUCAUGGUUCUUCACAUUUCAUUUUAGGAAUUACAAUGUAAAAUGGCAAGAGACAUGACUUGAACAUAGGGGUUUUUAUGGAAUUUUUUUGGGGGGGAUGGGGAAGAGGUAAGGAGGUUUAGAAGAGACUUAGCUGAUCAAGCAAAACAAUCAAAUUACCAUUUGAAAAAAUUGUUAAAGUAUGCAAGAAAAGACAUCUGCAUUUUUAAACUACUGAUUGUAGGACCAAGCUGUGAAGAAUGCCCUUCAGAUAAAGAGAUAGGAUCUCAUUUACUCCUACAGUUUUGUGUGUUUGUGUAUGCAUGGACAUGUGGAGUUUGUAGGCAUUUUUCACAAAAUAAGGAUUUCAAGGGUAAAGGAGAGCUUCUGAAAAAGGCACCUAUUCUUACAGUUUAUUCUUACAGUUCUUUCAUAUAGUAGCUUGUGUUUUAUUUUGAGAUUUUUCAAGGGCUGGGUAAAGAAGAGUCCCAUCAGCAGGCAAGUGUUCUAAUAAAAAUACAGUAGGCAAAUCAUCUAUGUUUUAAACAAUCUGUGUGUCAAGAUGAUCAGGUUGUGGAGUCAGGUUGAUUAUCACAGUUUAGUACAGUAGAUAGGUUGGCUAUUUUUCCAGAGUGACUGUACAUUGCCCUAGAGGUGUGAAAUUUUGACAUGAUGAUUGUUUUCAUUAUCAUUGUAAGUAACUUAAUGCAUUACAAGAAAAUUUAACUUAAUUUGCACUAAUUUCUAACAUGCCUCUAUUUGAAUAUGCAUGUAUGUAUGAAGUCCUCAGAUCAUUAUUGUAAAAGAAAGACUGACAACUCUGGCACAAUAGCUUAUUUAUCCAAAUCUCCAUGUUUCCAUUCUAACAUUAUUGUACUCAUUUUGGAGUUGAAACUACUUUUAAGAGAAAGCCAACAAAAAUUAUUUACAUCUGAAUUCAAACUGGCAUUAACUCUAAACCAAGAAGAUAUUUAAUUCCAUGUAUUAGCUAUAUUAUGUUAAGAAUGGUGUUCUUCAUAAAAAAUCCUUGGCUAAAUUCUUAAUCUGGAGUACAGGGUAUUACUAUGAAAUGCAACUAAUAUUUAGUAGACUUGCUAUCAUUUAAACUUUCAAAUGAGUAUUGUCUGGUUUAGUUAGUAUUUUGGAAAGAAUACUUUAUUCUUCAUAGUAUUCUUCACAUGCUUUUAAAUAUACUUAGUUAUAACAAAGCACUGCACCAUCAGACACACACACAUUUCACCUAGGCAAGACUGAAUAAGAAGUGAGGGAAUAGCAUAUGAAUUAAGCAAUAUAAUAUUUGUAUUGGAUUUUCAUGGCAGGUGUUAAGAUUGUUCUAGAAAAUAUUUUCCUGUUCUCAAUAAUCAGAACACAGUAAGAUAAGGCCUUCAAGUAGACUUAACCCAGGAAGAUACUUAGUUCAGAAUUCUGACUUCUUUACUGCUCUCGAUAAAUUGUUUUAUAGUUGUGUUUCAACAGUUUCUUAAUACAUUGUAAAGUAGUCCAUGUCCCUUUUACUUGGUGCCUUGGUUCACUCCUCUUUCUCUUCUUAGGGUCUGGCCUAAGACGAAAAAAUGUAUUGUGAUCAUUCUACAAUUCACAAACCCUGACCUAGGGAGGGACUUAGUCACUGCUAAGUAGUUGGCUUUCUGAAAAUAUAUUCACUUUUUUAUGUUAGUGCUUUAAAGAUAAUCAAGGAAUCAUAAAUUUAUACCAAAACUUAUAUGCAAAAAAGUCUGCCUUGUGAAAAUUGUCAGUUGAAAAUGUUCCUAUAGAGUAGUAAAGUAUAGAUCAUCAAGCAUAGAUUAGCCACAGAACAGCAAGUAAUAUUUCUAUAUUCACUUUGAAUAGAAUCACUGCCAUCUUGUAAAGAUUUCUGAAAUAAAGGCACCUAGGGUCAUAGGACUAACAAACAAGUUAUUACUGAUUUGGGUUAGUAAGUUCUUAAUUAGGUAUUUCCUAGGUUUUUAGUUCAUGUUCCAGUGAUUUAUGGUUGUCAUUGGUUUUAUUCUACUGUAGGCAUCAUUUGAUAAAACAAUUUGGUUUUAAUAAGUUAGUUUUUUAAAACAAAAUUUACUUGUCUUGAGGCAUAUUUUUUUAAUUUAAGAAAUUAACUAACUGCUGCUAAUUCACUCCAUUUUCCAAAUAUAUUUCUCCCAUAAAAAGAAGUUAAGAUAUGAUAGUUUAAGUGUAAUCCUUAUAGAACAUAGAGCUUAAAAGCACCUUAAGAGUAAAUACUAAGUUUGGGAGAGAAUUUGUAGCGGGGAGGGAGAUAGUAGUACUAAUUUUUUUUUUCAGAAAAUUUCCUUUCAUCAAGACACCUUCUAAGGUUGAAAGUUACUAGUAUCACAAUGAAGCAAAUAAGAUGGGCAAACAGUACAACUAGUGUUUUGCCUCUUUUUGAACUACAGUGCAGUACAAUGACAUCUGCCUGGGAUGAACUUUAACCUAAAAUUUAAGUCCAAAUGAAAAUUUUCUUAGAUAAUGAAACCUUUUGAUUAUGCUUUUGUGCAUUAAAUGUUGAUUAUCUCAGGAAAUGUCAUGUGGCAUGAACAUUAUUUGUCUUUUCAAGUUGAGCUUAUUCUAACUUAAGUCACACAUAAUGGACAGGACAUAAGUUAUCAAAAUGAAAGUCUCCUGUGACCUGUGCAGAUAAAAUUAGUUGAAUUAAGGACACAAUAGAUAUCUUUUUACCUGAAGUCAGAAAAAUUGAAUGACUUUAUUGAAACUGUUAGUAACUUUUUCAAUGGCUCCUUUUAAAAUUUUGACUUGACUAAGGAAGAAAUAACUUUUUUGUUUUUUUUAAAGUGUGGCUCCUUUUUAUAUUUGAAAUAGGAUUCAGUAUCUAAUAACAGUAUUACAUCUUAGUGAAAUUUAUUUUGGUUAUGAGAAUUUUUUUAACUAAAUUAGGCUUUUUUUCUGUGGCUUUAAAAUAUAAAGGAUGAAAGUAUUGCUAAUGUGAGUAUUGUACAUUCCCAGUUUACCAGUGGGCUUAUAAAUUAAUUCUGGCAUUUGUAAAGGAACUGCUUUAUUGGGACAGUGUUUCUUAAAUGGCAGCUGAGUACUUGGAUUGCAUUUUUACAUAGCUUAGUGUAGCUUAGACAUACCUUUAUUUUGAAUUGUUGACAUUCUCUUAUGUAGAUUUCUAUCCCUUAUAAAUUCAUAAUUCCUAUAAAAAGCAAUUCUCAUAGCCAUACACACUCAGACUAUAUAAUUUGAAACUGCUGAUAGCUGUAGCUUCCAGACAUAAAGCUAAUUCAUUUUGUUUUUACUUUUGACAGUCUUUUUAGUGUUCACAAACCAAGAAAAACAUCUCCUAUAUAACAUAAAGAAUAAAAUUUCCAACUUUUGCCCCCAAAUGCUAUUGGUGGUAAUUGCUAUGUGAUUAUAUCAUACAUUUAAUCAUGAAGGGGGAAGAUUGGGGUUUUUUAUGUAAAAGAAAUACUGAAUAUAAUUGUUUCAGAUCAUUAAGUCAUCAACAACACAGUUGCAGAUGUAUGCAGAGAGAACCUUUUGUGCCUUUUGCCUGCAGUAAACAUUUUUCUAUAUUACAUGAGCUAUGAGAAUGUUGAUGAUUAUUGCACCUUGUUGUACUGUAAAUAGACUUGAUAAGGAUUUUCUUUAAGCAAGGAUCAAUUUUUCCUUAACUGGUUAGCUGACUUAGUAAAAAGUGAAGGAAAUUAUCAGAUAGCUGUCUUUGGAACUCAAUCUUUUCUAUAAUAGUGAGCAGGAAAUUCCUUUCGAAUGUAUUCAUUUAUGUGUACAUAUAUACAUAUAUCUAUGAGUAAUUAUUUAAAUACCUACAUGGAAAAUUCAGCAUCUCGCUGGUGUGGUGACAAGUACUAAGGUGCUCGCGGUUAACAUAAAAGCACAGCAGAGCGUGUCAUCAUUCACCUCGACUGGUGGGUGUGCAUACCAGGUUCUGUUUUUGAACCACUUGGAAUACCUCAUGUGUAAAUACAGUGUUCAUAAUUUAAAAAUGAAAUACAGUUAUUAUAUAAAAAAGAAUGUGAAGCCACUGGUUGGCUUAUGCCUUCUAAUUUGUCAUUUUUGCCUCCUAUUUUGUAAAAGGGUUGUUUUUGUUUUUGGUUUUUUAAUAGGGUUUACAGCUAGAAAUUUGAAUGCCAAAGUUCUAUUUAUUAACUAAGAAUAAAGUUUUCAAUGUUAAUGGCUAGUAUUUUUCCACUGGACUAUUGUUUGUUGAUGUUGGAAUUUGUAUUUAUAGAGAAAUAAAUUUUUUAUAAAAUUA